AUGAUUCCGCAAUAUUGUUUUACAUUUGUUGACGAUGUUCUGUUGGCUUUAAAUCCACAUGAAGAAUUAAGCAUAUAUGAUGAAUCUAUUGUCAAUUUAUACUGCCAACAACCCAUUUCGACAUUGCAUGCCAAAGUUUGUGAAAUUAAUGGGUUGCAUUUCAGUGGUGAAUCGGGAUCAGGGAAAACGAGAAACUUAAUGUAUGCGUCAAAAUAUCUUAUAUAUUCGGCUAAAAAAACGAUUAUUUCGGCUGAACAGGUUGAAGCUAUUUGUACGAUUAUAAAUGCAUUCGGUGGAGCGAAAACGUUGAAGAAUGACGAUGCCACUCGUCUUGGAUAUUUCAUACGACUUUUUUAUACAAAAAAUGAUUCUAUUGAUGGAAUUGAACUGCGCAGUCCAUUACCGUUGGAAAUAAAUCGAUGUGUUUGCCAAAAAAACGGUGAACGAAACUUCAAUAUUUUCUACCAAAUGUGUGCUGGCAUAGAUUCAUCUUUGCGAGCGAAAUUUGGCAUAAAGCAGUGCGUUAUGAAGGAAGAUGGACGCUCUUCGGGUAAAUGUGCUACUAAUGAGGAAAUUGAGCUGAAUAAAUUUGUUGAUUUGCGGCAAGCAAUGCAUUUUCUUGGAUUUACUGAUGAUCAGCAAAAUUUUAUUUUCCGCGUUUUGGCUACGAUUUUGCAUAUUGGCAAUAUAUUCUUUCGUCCGAGGAAGGUGUCCGAAAACCCAGAAAUUGUUGGAGUUGAACCCGUAAAUGAAUCUGAAAUUAAGUGGUCUGCAUAUUUACUCGAGCUCGACGUUAUUCAGUGGAAUGCGAGAAAAGGCGAUGAGCAAGUGUCAGUACCACUGAAUAUGGUGCAAGCACUGGAUGUUAGAGAUUCUUUGGCUCAAUUUCUUUAUAAUGAAUUAUUCCAAUGGAUUACGUCUCGUAUAUCAUUUAAAUAUCAAUGCACAAAGUAUAAUUCUUCCAUCAGUCUUCUCGAUUAUUAUGGAUUUGAACGAUAUAAUAACAAUUCAUUUGAACAAUUAUGUGUCAAUUUGGUAAAUGAACGAAUCGAACAAUUUUAUUUGCAAAAGAUUUUAAAAGAGGUUUUAUAUGAUUAUCAGAAGCAAGAAAUCGAGAUCAACUAUCAGAUGCCAUCGAAGAUUAAUAAUGAACGUGUUAUCGAACUUCUCGUCAAACGCCCUAAUGGUUUAAUACCACUUCUUGAUGAUGAAUGCAAAUUUCCAAAGGCAUCUGCCGAAGGCUAUCUACAGCGUUGUAAUUUAAGCCAUCUUGGCAAGAAUAUUUACGGCAAAGCAAGAACAAAAGAUCGCCAGGAAUUUGCUAUUAAACACUUUGCUGGUCAAACUUUUUAUUCUGUUCAACAGUUUAUUGAAAAAAAUCGCCAUCCUAUAAAUAUUGACGCGAUCAAUAUUCUUGCCAGAAGCCAAAAUACGUCCGUGGCUCAAACAUUUCGAAAUUGCAUUGUUUCGAAAAAUGUUGCUCAAGAUGGAUUUGUAUAUGUUGCACAACAAUUUAAUCGAACUUCAAAAAUUCUUAUCGACAGUAUUAGCAAUAUUUGGCAACAUCCAUCCUUAAUUUUAAGAGGAAAAUGCCAAUUCGUCCGAUGUAUAAGAUCGAAUAAUGAGAGACAGCCUGGAAAAUUUUGCGAGCAAACCGUUAUGCGCCAACUACAAGCCUAUGUAGUUCCUGAUACAGCUAUGAUUAGACGACGUGGAUUUCCCGUUAAGCAUACUUUCGAAGAUUUUGCGGCACUGAGAGAAGUCGAUCGAAAACGUGUCGAAAUUAGAAAAGCAAUAGAUGCGGAAACGAGAAAUAUUCGGAAACUUAAUUUAUAUAAUGAAGAUGGAGCUAACAUUAUUGAAUCAGCAGAAAAUCGAAAUCUUCAACCUCUGGAAACUUCAGCUGCUCCUGUUCAAUAUCUCGAUUUUCCGGAACAACUUAAACAGCGGAUGAAUGAAAUUGAUGAUAAUGAAAUGAAUAAUUUUUGUAACACAUUUACCUAUACGCCAUUCUUGAAAAAAUGUGUUAAACCGCAAAUUCCCUCUAUAUCACUGGAAGAAUUCGCGAAGCAAAGUUUCAAGAAUCAUCUUCUUGAAGCUCGGCGCGAACCAAUAAUCACACCAUUUUUACCGAAAGAUACAGAGGAAGAAUUUAAUGAAGCACUUGAGAUUUUUAGACUCAUUCUUCGAUAUAUGAAUGAUACGUUACUUUCUAAUUCACAUUUGGCUUCAGUUGCAAAAUAUAUAAUGCAAAAAGGGAUAGGUCGCCCAGAACAAAGAGAUGAAAUCUUCGUUCAGCUUUGUAAUCAGACUUAUCGUAAUCGUGUUAAAGCGAAUGCUGAUAAAGCGUGGACAUUGAUGCUUGCUGCUUGCAACAGUUUUCCACCUAGCAUUCAUAUAUUUCCAGUAUUAAUGCAUUAUUUCCAAAGUGCACCUCAGAAUCUUUCACAACUUCUUACUGAUAGUCUCUUGCGACGAAUUCGUAAUAAAGAUUCAUCAUCUAAUCGUCUUCUUGCGCCUACUUUUCUGGAGCAAGCCGGCUUCAAAUAUCGACAGCCAACCGUACUCGAGGUAGAGUCUCCUAAUGGUGAAACUGAGGAUAUAGAAGUAGAUUCCUGGAUAACAUGUGAAGAACUAGCGACAACAUAUUUGCAAAAUAAAGGACUAGGUGAAUCGGAUGGCUGGACAAUAACAGUUACUAAUUCAGUAUGGGUAAUACACGGAGCUGGAAAUCAUUAUCUCUAUGACAUAAUUGCUCAAUUAGAGGAACGUCCUAGGAAAUCUGAAGAAGAAUUUUUCGUUCAUUUUGACAAUGCAGGUGAUUUUUCUGCCGAUAAGAUGGUUGUGCAGAAACAGUCAAUGCUGCCUCCGGAUGACGUCGCUUCACUAUCUGUUCAACAUUCAUCCAUUGGUCAGAGGGACAUUGCAGAUGCAAUUGAAAGGACCAUGCCUCCUACACCACCGGUGCAUUGUCGCCAUCACAAGACUGAAAACAGAUAUGAUGGGAUAAUGAAAUACGAAUUAAAUGAAACUCCACUUCCACCGCCUCGACAAAUACCAAAAACUUCAAAUGGAAAUCCAAAUAGAAUAUAUGGCACGCUAGAUGAACAUGGCGUUCAGAACUCACCGCGAACAUUAAGAAGGUUUGUUGGUGCAAAUGAAUGCGAGCCGAAGUCUACCCAGCCAAACUCUUUCGAUCAAGCAAUGGUUGCAAAUGAGGAAUAUACACCAUGUUCUGAAGAUGGGCAAACAUUGUCAAGGUAUAGGCAUCAACAGCAACAGUUUGCUGAGAUGCGCCGUCUAGAUUCACGUCCCCAAUUUGCUUAUAUACCUCAACAAUUCGCCGUGCCAGUUGUGCCAGCACAAGUUCAAUUAAUGCCAAUUAUGCUACCGGCUACAACAAAUAUGCCGCAAAAUUUUGAAUUUAGGUCCUUACCGAAAAUUGAAAAUAUGCGAAGUGAUCGAGUUAGUACUUCAGUAAUGAUGAAUGAAGAUAUUGGAAAUAUUAAGGUAAUGGAAAAAUCUAAUGAAUCUGUUCGAGAAUAUCAGGAUGAUAGAAUUCAGACACGUGAUAGCAAUCUCUAUAGCGGUAGAUAUUUAAUGUUAAUAAUAUACAAUAAGGCUUCAAGUAAAUAUUCAACAGUUCCAUGUUUAGAAGAGCAACUUCGUCGUCCCGCAAGCGGUUAUUCAACAGCAUCCAUAUCGUCACGUAUUCGACGAAUGCAAAUCCCAUCAAAAAAUAGCGAUGUCGACAAAUUUUUAGAUGAAGUUUUUGAACAGGUUGGUACAUAUGUUGCAGUUUUGCCACCACACGAAUUAGAAAAAAGUAAUGAAAUUUGCAUGAAUAAAAAACUGAUUGCCUCGAGUAUUAAAGGUGGAGCAGCGCUUUCGGCUUCAUCUGAAGCAGACAUACCAUCAGUCGGCGGAAUUAAUUCUGCUAUGAAUUAUUAUCAACCAUCGAUGCAAGCGCAAUAUGUUCAGCCAAAUGUUAUGAAUUAUACAGCGCAACCUGUGAUGAUGAUGAUGCCUAUCGAUGGUCGCAUGCUCAUUCCACAACAGGCUGUUGCUUCGCAGGAGAAUCAUUUUAAUUCCCGAAUGACAUCAGUUUCUUCAAUGAUUCAACCUGUCCCUGUUGUUAUUCCUUCCAUGUUUCCCAGCAAUGUGUCACAAUUAGAAAAAUCAUGGAUUACAUUCUUGCAGAUGAUGUGUGUGUCGCCAACUCCAAGUUCAAUGCCUUGUUUAUCACCUGUUUCUUUCAGGGAACAUUCUGAAGAUUUUCCAGCUGUAAGCGAUCAAAAUUUGUCAGACUUAACGCAUUGUACUGCAACAGGAAUAAGAGAAAAUAAGAGGAUAGAGCAAUCAUCACCACAACCAAACACAGCGAAAUCACCAAUUAAUUUAGAUGGAAAUUCUCGAAUUGGCCAAAUGAAUCCAACAUCUAUAAAAGCUAGGCAAGCGAUAAUUGAAGGGGAAACGUUAAGACAUCGACAAGAAGUUGCAUCGCAUUCUACUAGCCAUCAUAAAUUAGAAAAUAUUUCCGAUUACAAAAGAAAACACUCCGGAAAUGCAAUUCAGACCGAUGGAUUAGAUGGAAAUGAAUUCAGAAGAGAUGAAAUUGCUUAUAAUACAAUCAGUUCUGAUCGUCUUGACUCUAAUUACAUACAAGAUUCAUCUACUAUAUCAAAUAAGAACGUACAAAGUAAAAGGCAAGUAAUAGAUCCUGCGCAAUCACUUUUGGAAGAAAAAUUUUAUUCGCUGAACAAUCAUCAAAACAAAUCAACUGGCAAUAAAAAUUCGAAUUACAUUAAUCGUCCAACUCCUCCACCACAUGGUGUCGAAAAAUAUUUGCAAACAAAUAAAAAUGAUCCGUUGCGCAUCGGUGAAUGGGUAUACGAAGCGGACAUUCUUCGUUCGGCAGCCCGAAACAAUUCUGAAGUACUAAAAAGUAACAAUAGGAUUAAUACGCAGUUGCUCCAAAUUUCAUCUAAAAAGAAUCUUUUCGAUAAAUCAGCAAUGAAAUCGCGUGCCGCCGUCCGAUACAGACAACAACCGUGGACGUUAACGAUAAGGAAAGAACUAUUCUAUUUGUAUGAACAAUUAGACGACAUACAAGAGAUUGACCUCAUAUUUAGUCAAAUAAUCUGUGACUGCCGAAAGCAAAUGCCGUAUCGAAUAAGGAAUUACGAAAGAGAUUCGAUAAGCCAAAUUUUGCGAAACAAUAGCAUUCCGCCUGCUGCUAUUGAUAGACCUCGCGAAGUGCCAGUCGAUGUUAAAUUGCAUAUAAUCGAAACUGCACGGAAAUGGCCUUUGUAUUUUUGCCGCUUUUAUGGAGUAAUCGAAGAACGUGAUCAUGAAAAUGUCUACAGGAUUAUGGGAAUAAGCGAAUCUGGGAUUCGACUAGUUUCACAGAAUUUUGAGGAUAGAUAUGAACCUUUCUGCAUCACUGAUCAUUUUGAAUAUUGUGAUUUUGCUGAAUUACGAAUUGAUGGGCGAAAUUUGAUGAAAUUAGUGACUCGUAAAGGACUUGUUGUUAUCAUAAGAUCUAUUCAUGUUGAUCAAAUGCGAAAUCUUAUUGAACGGUAUAUUACCGGCAGUGGAAAGAUAAAAACAUUCGUGAAAGCAAUCGCUGAUUAUAUUACAAACGAACCUAAUCUAUUAAGUUUCAAAAAAGACGAAAUUAUACAAAUUAUAAGCCAUAGUAGAAAUGAUCUGCAAAAUCAUUCAAAUGAUAAUUGGUUAUAUGGUAGAAUUGGAAGCAAAUAUGGAAAUUUACCUGCAAAUUAUGUUCAAUUCUUGGAUUCUAAUCCAGUAAGUUUUUUAAGUUAA